UUUGUUUAUUGUUAUUUAACAUUGUCAAUACAAUUGUUUAAUAAGAGGUUCAUAUUUAAGAUAUUUACCAAUUAGUAUUGUCAGUAAAGAAAGUUCACUAUGUCAUCUUUGAAGGAUAUUUGUGAGGGAAUACCGGUGGAUCCACUUCCUGAGCCGAGAGAACGAGACGAGGCGGUGCCACAUGCUCCGAUUCGAACACCGGACCUGACAAGAGAUGAACGAAGAUUAGCUCUCCAAAAUGCACUACGAUAUUUUCCGCCAUGCCUUCACGAAACGCUAGCAUCUGAGUUUGCAGACGAACUUCGAACUUAUGGACAUAUUUACAUGUACAGGUUCAGACCCACGCUUGAAAUGAGGGCUUAUCCUAUUGAUGAAUACCCGGCGAGGUGUCGCCAGGCUGCUGCGCUCAUGCAUAUGAUAAUGAAUAACCUUGACCCUCGUGUAGCUCAAUUCCCUCAAGAAUUAGUCACGUAUGGUGGGAAUGGACAAGUGUUUUCGAACUGGGCUCAGUUCUUGCUGACGAUGAAAUAUCUAUCUGAAAUGUCGGAGGAACAAACGCUUGUCCUAUAUUCAGGUCAUCCUAUGGGACUAUUUCCCAGCACGCCAGACUCACCAAGAGCUAUUAUUACAAACGGAAUGGUGAUUCCUAACUAUUCUUCUAGAGAAUUAUAUGAGAAGAUGUUCGCACUUGGUGUAACAAUGUAUGGUCAGAUGACUGCAGGAAGCUAUUGUUAUAUUGGUCCCCAAGGUAUUGUUCACGGAACAACACUGACCGUGCUGAAUGCUGCACGAAAUCAACUCGGUUCGGACAACAUGGCAGGCAGGGUAUUUGUGACAUCCGGUCUCGGCGGCAUGAGCGGUGCACAGGCAAAGGCUGCAGUUAUAUGUGGUUGUGUGGGUGUUAUUGCAGAGGUAAGUGGCGAAGCUCUGUAUAAACGUUAUAAACAAGGAUGGUUGCUAGAAGUUACAGACGAUCUCGAUACAUGUAUCUCAAUGAUUCGACAUGCAAAACGUGAAAAACGUGCAACAAGUAUAGGAUACCAUGGCAACGUUGUUGACUUAUGGGAGAGACUUGUUCUUGAAUAUGAUAGAACUGGUGAUCUGUUAGUCGACCUUGGCUCUGACCAAACCUCAUGUCAUAACCCAUAUCAAGGAGGAUAUUACCCGGCACAGUUAACUUUUGAUGAGGCAAGGGAAGUAAUGCACGAGAAUCCUGUCCGGUUCAAAAAUUUGGUGCAAGAAAGUUUACGGCGGCAUGUGGCAGCUAUUAAUCAUCUGGCAAGCAAGGGGUUGUAUUUCUGGGACUAUGGUAACGCAUUUCUUUUAGAGGCUGGUAGAGCAGGGGCAGAUGUCGGGCAGAACACUGGUUUGCACGGAACAUUUUUCCGUUAUCCAAGUUAUGUACAGGAUAUAAUGGGGGACAUUUUCUCAUUGGGCUUUGGCCCUUUCCGCUGGGUAUGUACAAGUGGAGAGCCAAGUGAUCUCGACACGACUGAUGAUAUUGCUGGCACUGUAAUGGAAGAUAUCAUCAACGAAGGAGUGAAAGAAAACGUAAAACAACAAUAUACGGAUAACAUACGUUGGAUUAAAGAAGCGUCUAAGAAUAAAAUGGUUGUUGGAUCACAAGCGAGAAUCCUUUAUUCUGAUGACAAUGGUAGAGUUGCUAUUGCAACAGCAUUCAAUAAAGCAGUAGCGGAAGGAAAGUUGAAGGGACCAGUAGUUAUAAGUAGGGACCAUCAUGACGUCAGCGGGACAGACAGUCCAUAUAGAGAAACUUCCAACAUAUAUGAUGGGUCAGCAUUUUGUGCUGAUAUGGCAGUUCAGAAUGCUAUAGGCGAUUCUUUUAGAGGGGCAACAUGGGUAGCUCUACAUAAUGGGGGCGGUGUUGGAUGGGGUGAAGUUAUGAAUGGAGGAUUUGGACUUGUACUGGACGGAUCCAAUGAAGCAGCAGAAAGGGCCAAACGUAUGCUCUCAUGGGAUGUUUCUAAUGGGGUUGCUCGACGAAGCUGGUCAGGGAACAGUAAAGCCAAGGAGACAAUAUGUAGAAUAAUGGAGGAAAAUCCAAACAUGAAAGUUACUGUUCCAAACGAAGUAGAAAAUAAAGAUAUUCUUGAAAGGGCACUUAAAGACUAACUCAGAAACAUUAUAACAUUUUAUGAUCAGUUAUUUUGAAACAACAGUUUCAAAGAAUGAAAUAUGCUAAUAAUCAUUUAUGUAUCAUAUGUCGCAAAAGUUAAGGAAUUAUAUGGGGAUAAAACAA